AUGUGUCGAGAGGAUGUUGUUCCUGAUGUUCACACGUUCCAAUUCUUGUUCAAGGCAUGCGCUCGGUGCUCCUCUACCCAUAUGGGGCGGACAAUCCAUGGCAACUUCCUCAAGCUCUGUGACGAGUCCGAUGUUUUUGCUGGCAACUCUUUGAUCCACAUGUAUUCCGAGUUAGGUCAUCUUGAUUUGGCCAAGAGAGUUUUUGAUCAAAUGGAUCUUAAAGAUGUGGUAUCAUGGACGACGAUGGUUGGUAUCUAUGCUAAAAACGGGUCUAUGGGUGAGGCUCUGAAGUUGUUUGAUCAAAUGCCUGAACGGAAUGUCGUAUCUUGGACUAGCAUGGUUGCAGGUUAUGCGCAAACAGAUAAACCUGAAAUGUCUAUUCAAUAUUUCAGGAAGAUGGUUUCAGCUAAUAUUAAGCCAGAUGUUGUUGCCAUGGUCUCGGUGCUCUCAGCUUGUGCCCCUUUAAGGGAUUUGGACUUGGGCAAAUGGAUUCAUCACUUCAUCGUUAGAGAGCAGAUCUGCAUGAAUGUAAAUUUGGCUGUUGCUUUGAUUGAUAUGUAUGCAAAAUGUGGAGACAUAGAUGCUGCUCAACAAGUUUUUGAUAGUAUGGAUUGCAAGACUCUUGUGGCUUGGAACACCAUAAUUGAUGGGUACUGCAAAUUGGGCAAGCUGGAUAUUGCUCGUUCCCUCUUUGACCAGAUGGAUUAUCGAGAUGUUAUCACAUUCAACUCAAUGAUAACUGGAUACAUCCAUAAUAGUAGCUUCAAGGAGGCCUUGUUAUUGUUUUCAAAGUUGCGAGGUUUUGGUUUAAAGCCUGAUGAUUUUACCGUUGCGAGUGCACUCACAGCUUGUGCAAAUUUAGGUUCCCUAUAUUAUGGAAGGAUAUUGCAUGGUUAUAUCAAGGAGAAUUUAACGCAAACAGAUGUUUUUGUUGGGACUACACUUCUGGAUAUGUACUCAAAAUGUGGGAGGAUAGAUCGAGCGAUGCAGGUCUUCAAAAGAAUGCCAAAGAAGGAUGUGUUAGCUUGGACUGCUAUGAUUUCAGGCCUUGCAAUGCAUGGAGAUGGGAAAUCUGCUAUUGCUCUGUUCUUGUUAAUGCGAGAAGAAGGGAUACAGCCAAACAGAGUCACAUAUAUCGGUGUUUUGAGUGCUUGUAGCCACGUGGGCCUUGUUGAAGAGGGUCAUUUUCAUUUCAAUGAGAUGAGGUAUUUAUACAAGAUAGAGCCUGAGAUUGAGCACUAUGGUUGCAUGGUUGAUCUCCUUGGUCGCUCUGGUUAUCUUAAGGAUGCUGAAAGGUUCAUAGAAAGUAUGCCCAUUGAACCAAAUGCUGUUAUUUGGGGUUCUCUAUUAGGUUCCUGCAGGGUUUAUAAUGAAGUGGAACUAGCAGAGAAAGCAGCAAAGCACCUCCUUGUUUUGGAACCCCAGAAAGAUGCAGUUUAUAUCUUAUUAUACAACAUAUAUGCCAGCACAGGAAGGUGGGCGAGUGCCUUUGAGAUUCGAGGCAUGAUGGAAGAUCGUGGCAUCAAAAAGUCAGUUGGGUGUAGUUCCAUUAUGAUUGGGGGAAGUGUACACGAGUUUGUAUCUGGUGAUAGAUCACAUCCUGAAUUUGAUAAGAUAAACAUUAUGAUGGGUGAAAUAGCAGAGAGAUUGAUGUUGGCGGGUCACAUGCCCAACCCAUCAGAGGUCUCACUAGAUAUAGACGAGGAGGAUAAGGAACAGACUUUGUUCAGUCAUAGUGAGAAAUUGGCUAUUGCUUUUGGAAUCCUCAAACUUGGAAACAAUAUCCCUAUUCAUAUUCUUAAGAACUUGCGUAUUUGCAGGGAUUGCCACUCUGCCAUUAAAAUGAUUGCUAAAAUUUGGAACAGAGAGAUUGUAGUUAGGGAUCGGAGUCGCUUCCAUCACUUUAAACAAGGAGGAUGUUCAUGUGGUGAUUUUUGGUGA